AUGAUAUUAUGCGUUGGUGAUAUUGUGCCUCCCACAACAGAGAAAGCAAAAGUGUUAAGGAGAAUAAUUUUCUUUAUAAUUUUCUUACAAAUCUGCUUGGCAUUAGGAAAACUGUAUUAUGAUAUGUGGGCAGGUGUGGCAGAAUUCACAUCAGCUUUUAUUUUAUGGUGUGCUUAGGCAUAAUUGAAUUAUUGUAAUUGUGUGAUUUACAUAUUUUUUUGUCUAAUGAACACUUUUUUGAUUGUGGUUAAUUUUAUGACUGAUAUCUAAAAUAAGGUCAACCUUGAAUAGUUAUCAAACGAUGGUAGAAAUCAGUUUUUGCUCUAAGCAAUUUCUUUGACUUUUUACAUUGUUUCGGUGUACUUCACUUUUUAAGCGUAUAAGGAAUUUAAAGGAAUAGCAUAUGAUGUGUAUGCAGCAACAACAAAUGAUCAUGUUCUAUCAAAAUCGAAUAUAAGAUAACAAAUAGAAAUGCAUAAUUUUGAAAAUUGACUAUAAUUAUUUUUUUAGUUAUAAUUUAUUACAAUAAAUUUCAUA